AUAUACCUACCAGGGCAAAAAAAGUGAAUUUGGAGUGUGCGCAAUUUACACUAACUUGUUCAUUGUCGAUAACGAUAUCAUAAAUAAGUAUGUGUAGUUGUAAUUAUGUUCAUUUACGUUUUCGAUCUCAUUAGUGUCCUUCGGAAUAAGUAUGACUUGUUAAAGAAUCGAUACGGGCAAUUCGUGUCGGAGGGGAAUUUUCGCGGACUUGUGAUAUAUAACACAAAAUACACGUGCUCCCGUUAGAGCAGUUCAGAAACCGGUGGUGACAGUGAACGGAAUUUGAGUAAUUUCCUUUCAAAAUGAACACCCAGAAUAUUAUUUCACGAAAGCAAAACGGAAUUGUUCAACCCCUUUUAACAGAUUUGUACCAAAUCACUAUGGCAUACGCGUAUUGGAAAACGGGGAAAGUGAUGGAUAAUUCGGUCUUUGAUUUGUUUUUUCGUAAAAAUCCGUUCCAAGGCGAAUUUACAAUAUUUGCUGGUUUAGAAGAAUGUUUAAAGUUUCUGGAGGCCUUCCAUUUUUCUGAGAGUGAUAUUGAAUACCUAAAACAAACAAUGCCGUCGGUCGAAGACGAUUUUUUUGUAUUUUUGAGCAACCUAUCGGCAAGGGACGUUGUUAUAUACGCGUUAGAUGAAGGAACUGUUGUAUUUCCAAGAAUUCCACUUAUAAGAAUAGAAGGCCCUUUAAUAGUAACACAGCUGUUGGAAACGACCUUUUUAACUUUGGUGAACUAUGCCAGUUUAAUGGCAACGAAUGCUGCUAGAUAUCGAAUUGCUGCUGGUAAUUCAAAGCUACUAGAAUUAGGAUUACGACGAGCACAAGGGCCUGACGGGGGUCUAUCCGCCUCAAAAUAUUCGUAUAUAGGAGGUUUUGACGGCACCAGUAAUGUCUUGGCUGGUAAACUGUACAACAUUCCAGUUAAAGGAACCCAUGCACACGCAUACGUUACUUCAUUUACUAAUUUCUCUGAAUUACAUACACGUAUUUUACACUCAAAAAAUGACGGUAAACCUUAUGACUUUGUACAGUUGGCAAUAAAAUGGAGAUCUGAACUGGGUCCUUUAUUUAAAGUGGUAAACGCAGAAGUAAAUGAUGGAGAAUUGGCCGCUUUUAUUUCUUUCGCAAUGGCUUUCCCAGACCAAUUUAUGGUCUUAGUGGACACAUAUGACAUUGAGAGGUACCCUUUCCACCUAACAUAUAAUACCUUCAUCCCUCGUCAAAAAUGUCUGCCCAACACUCCUAUGCAUAGCAAGUACAGAAGUGGACUGCUGAACUUUUGUGCGGUAACUUUGGCUCUAAAUGAUUUGGCUUUCCAAGCGAUUGGAAUCCGUAUAGAUAGCGGAGAUAUAGCUUAUCUUUCAUAUGUUGCUCGCGAAUACUUCUCUAAAAUAAGCACAAAAUACGAAAUACCAUGGUUUAAAGAUCUAAUUAUAAUGGCGUCAAACGAUAUAAAUGAAGAAACUAUUCUUAGUUUAAAUGACCAAGGGCAUAAAAUUAAUUGUUUCGGAAUAGGAACCCAUCUCGUUACAUGCCAGAAGCAACCUUCCUUGGGAUGCGUGUAUAAGUUAGUCGAUUUAAAUAAUGUACCAAGAAUGAAACUAAGCCAGGAUGUUGCGAAAGUUUCUCUACCAGGGCGAAAGGAUGCAUACAGGUUGUUCAGCGAACGUGGAGAUGCCUUAAUUGAUUUAUUAGUACAAACAGAUGAAGAACCACCCAGCGUGGGUAGUAAAAUCCUAUGUAGGCAUGCAUUUGAAGAAUCGAAAAGGGCAUAUGUAACACCAAGCAAAGUUGAAAAACUUCAUAAGCUUUAUUGGAAAGAUGGUUUGAUUUGUAGACCACUUCCAAAUUUAGAAGAAAUUCGUGAUAACGUGACAAGAAGCUUGAAAUCUUUACGUUCCGAUAUAAAACGAAAUCAUAAUCCCACACCAUAUAAAGUUGCUGUAAGUGAUAAUUUAUAUAGUUUCCUUCACAAUCUUUGGAUGGAGAGUGCCCCUAUUGGAGAGCUCACUUAAUGAUGUGUACACGGAAGUUGGCAAUCCUCAAGAAUAUAAUCUUGUUUGUUCGCAUUUUAAAUUAUGCGAAUGUGAGAGUUUAUAAAUUUUUCGAUUUUCGAAUCGACAAUGUAUUGUGUUGAGUGUAACAUAAAUGUACAGUUAUACGUAGUAAUAGAAACAAAUACGUCCAUUCUAUGUAUUUAUAAAUUAGUUCGGUAUAGUAAUUAAACCUUUAGUAGUCUAUCAAUAAAAUGCUUGGUAGAAAGUUAGCAAAAUGGGACUGAAAUUGAAAAUUGUUGAAACUGUACCAGUGUCUUUAUCUGUAAGCAAUAUAUCUGACUUAAAAAAAUGUUGACAACGAUCAACCUUCAAGUACA